UAAGAGAAAGUUGAUGGUGAGACGAGGACGUCUUUUUUUUAUUUAUUCCGAACCACGUUUAAAGAAAGAGGUAUUUUCAACAAGACAACACAGUUAACGUGCGAGGUUUGCGUGUGUCGUAAGAAACUCGAGGGAGAGUCCAAAGUUGGACCUGCUUUCAUCUGUUAAAUAGGCUAGUAUUUUCAUCAACACUACAAAGAGGGGUUUACAAUCUCUCACAACUUUUCCCGUGGUUCCCUUUUCGGCUUGUUGGACUGGAUAUUAUUUACUUUGGGACUAGUUUUGUGAAUCGGAUCCGGAUCGGGGUUCUCUCUAGACGCUACUGUCGUCUCCAGGCUCAUUUGGAAACGUGCAUUUCAUAACGAAAUCACUCAUAUAUGAUUCGCUAGCGGAACGGGCUAUAUCGUUUACUGAGGUACUUUACCCCCAAAGGCAUUCCAAAAGGAAAAAAUUCUGGAGAGAAUCAUAUGCUUAUGAGGAGUGAUUAAGUAGGGUUGAAAACUAGCUUUUUGCUCGGCCCUGUUUCCCGCUCUGUCACCGGGGCAGGAGGAAGUGUUUUGCUGGGAGAUGAUGACAGAGGUCAGGCUCAGCUAAUGGGCCACUGAAGAGGAGAGGAGGCGAGGCACAGACCAGGAACACAUACAUUAAUACACGAGUGCUAUCACCAAUCAGCAUAGGGAAUUUAAAUUUUCCACCCGAGAUCAGUUGGAAACUAUAAAAGACAAACAGUUUGAGGACGAUUUUCUAGAACUUCAGAGUCUUCUCCUUAUUGUAAGCGAAGUAUAUCAGCAAGGAUACGAAGGCUGUUGGAACUAUGCCUCAAAAAGAAUACUAUAACCGGGCCACGUGGGAGUCUGGCGUCGCGUCCAUGAUGCAAAACAAGGUGUAUGACAUCUGUAACGAAGGUCACAGUGGAGUGAACCAGCUCGGCGGUGUGUUCGUCAACGGCAGACCGCUGCCAGACUCCACGAGACAGAAAAUAGUUGAACUCGCUCACAGUGGCGCGCGGCCGUGUGACAUAUCCCGGAUUCUGCAGACCCAUGCUGAUGCAAAAGUCCAAGUGCUGGACAAUGAAAACGUGUCGAACGGCUGCGUGAGUAAAAUCUUGGGUAGAUACUAUGAAACGGGCUCCAUCAGACCCAGGGCGAUCGGAGGAAGUAAACCACGAGUAGCGACUCCCGAGGUGGUCGGCAAAAUUGCCCAGUACAAGAGGGAGUGUCCGUCAAUCUUCGCGUGGGAAAUCCGAGACAGGCUGCUAUCAGACGGGGUCUGCACAAACGAUAAUAUACCCAGUGUGUCAUCGAUAAACAGAGUACUGCGCAACCUGGCUAGCGAAAAGCAACAGAUGGGCGCAGAUGGCAUGUAUGAAAAGCUGAGGAUGCUGAACGGUCAGACCGGCACGUGGGGGACCCGGCCGGGAUGGUACCCCGGAACCUCAGUGCCAGGACAGCCGACUCAAGAUGGCUGCCAACAAUCAGACGGAGGCGGUGAGAACACAAACUCAAUAAGCUCCAAUGGAGAGGAUUCAGAUGAGACCCAAAUGAGGCUUCAGCUAAAAAGAAAAUUGCAAAGAAACCGCACAUCUUUCACACAAGAACAAAUAGAAGCACUUGAAAAAGAGUUUGAGAGAACGCACUAUCCUGACGUUUUUGCACGAGAGAGACUAGCUGCGAAAAUAGAUUUACCGGAAGCAAGAAUACAGGUGUGGUUCUCGAACAGAAGAGCAAAAUGGAGGAGAGAGGAGAAGUUAAGAAAUCAAAGAAGACAAGCCACAAACUCUUCGAGUCACAUACCCAUCAGUAGCAGCUUCAGCACUAGCGUUUAUCAGCCAAUCCCUCAGCCCACAACGCCAGUAUCCUUCACAUCAGGCUCCAUGUUGGGAAGAUCAGACACAGCCCUUACGAACACAUACAGCGCCCUGCCACCAAUGCCAAGCUUCACCAUGGCCAACAACCUUCCUAUGCAACCCAGCCAGACCUCAUCCUAUUCCUGCAUGUUGCCCACUAGUCCUUCAGUGAAUGGGCGGAGCUAUGACACAUACACACCCCCACACAUGCAGGCACAUAUGAACAGCCAAUCAAUGGCCACCUCAGGCACAACCUCAACGGGUCUAAUCUCGCCUGGAGUGUCUGUACCAGUCCAAGUGCCAGGCAGUGAACCAGACAUGUCCCAGUACUGGCCCAGACUACAGUGAGAACAAGAUGCACGAGAACAAAAAAAGAGCAAGAAAACAGAGGAGAGGAAAAGAGAGAGGAGCUUCUUCACAUCCUGACAUCUUUUUGGCUUCAAGGCAGGGCUGUUCAGCAGUAUUUAACUAUGGAAGGAAAAGAGGAGACUCUAAAGGACCUUUUUGUACUGGGAUAGUGCCACUUCUCUAUCAUUCUUUGGACACAAAGACUUGAAGAAUAAAAGAGAACAGACUUCUGUAAAGUGCCCGGUAUUAUAUCGUAAAAUGGAAAAAAAAAUCUGUUUUUCAGUUUCCAACCUAAGUCAUUUUGAUGUAUUUGUACAUGUAAUGGCCAAUUGUAUGUUAUAACAAAAAAGGAAGAAAAAAAAAGAACAACCGUGGAUGGACUGUCAAACCAAGUUGGUCUUGCAUCGGUGAGAGGAAGAUCAUUUGUGCAGGCUUAUUCAUCGUUCUUUUUUCAUCAUCAGCUGAUAUCAAGAACUGCCCAUUUCUGUUUCAAAUGUGGACCUGUAGAAACAAACAAUCUCUGUAUCAUUUCAAGACAAAAAUAGCAACAGAGUUCAAAGGAAGCCAAUCCAGAAAUUGUUUUCCAAAGCUUGCAGACAAAAGUAAGCUAUUUGUUGAACAUGGUGACUGCUGAACCGGAGGAGGAAAAUGUUUGGUAGUUUAAAACGGUAGAUUGUGUCUUCGGUAUAAUUCAGUUUUGUUUAUGUCAAAAUGUAAGUAUUUGUCUUCCCUAGAAGUCUCGCAGAACAAUUUCUAUAAUAAAAUUAAUUUCAUUUUAUAAUUUUCUGAAUAUUCAAUCAUCAGUUCAUCCAAUCUCAUACAUCCUUUUGAAUAAUUCUUAAUUAAUUAGCUCAUUUUACAGUGUUUAAUCUCAAGCAGAUGGUUCUGAAACAUAAAAAUGUAUAAUAAUUAAUAGUAAAAGAAAAAUUAAAUGAAGAACAAAUGUCUUAAAAGGCCAUUUCAGCCUUUUUUAUCUCCAAAGACUUGACUGAAAAUAUAUUAUAUUUACCAUAAUUAUCCAAAUCUGCAUUCAUGAUAUUACAUUUCCAUUCUGAAGAAACUUGAAACUCUCAUAGAUGUGAUUCUUGUGAUUUUUCAAUAAGCCUGUUCUCUUUAAA